AUGACGUGUUCGCUACACGGAUGGACCAGUGACGUUGACGAGGUCCUUGAGCCGUAUCCAGCUGAGAGCUCAGCUGGAUACGGCUCAAGGACCUCGUCAACGUUACUCACGAAACUUGAGAACAUCUUGGAUGACAGUGGCGAGGGAGCGAAACGAGUGGAGGAGAUGCUGGGGCGCACGUCUAGUGAAGACGGGUCAUCUAAGUAUCUAAGCAAGUGCUCUUGCUAG